GCCGCUCGUCUACAUAUGAGCAGGGGCCUAGACCCAGCCCGAGCUCUCUCUGGUGUGAUUCGGUCUCCGGCAGACUCCAAGGGUCCAGCGAGACUACAUUUCCCAGAAAGGACUGCGAUAUUAGCAGCACUAGCGGCGCUUCUACGCGGGCGCCAUUUUUCGUCGGUGGGCAGAGUCCGGGGUAUUGAGGUGGAAAUCCUACUGUGGACAGCAGGCAGCCGGACCAAAGAGGGAACAGGAGAAGGAUCUGGAGCUAUCCGGACGCUCCAUGGCUGGACUUCCCAGGGCACGGUGUUCUCCAGGAGACAAGGCAGGAGGAGACAAGCCAUGAGCGUUGACCUAACGAAAGCCAUGCUGCAGGAUGCAGUGACAUUCAAAGAUGUUGCAAUAGACUUUUCUCGGGAGGAAUGGGAAGUGCUGAAUCCUGAUCAGAAGAGUUUGUACAGGACCGUGGUGCUGGAGAACUAUCGGAACUUGGUUUCAGUGGGAGCUUGCAUUUGCAAACCACCUCUAAUCUCCUUAUUGGAGCAUGGGAAGGAGCCUUGGCAGGUGAAGGGCCAGGUGACAAGAAGCACUGUCCAAGGUGGAGAUUCUGUAGAGAAGACACAGGAAUUCUCUUGGAGGCGUUUGGCGUCUGAUGGCGUGUCCGUGGAGAGCACUGCAGGUCCUGAGUCUCCCACUUCUGGAAGAAAGCAGAAAUGUAAAGACCUUUCUGAUAGACAGAUGGUGAGCCGAGAAACAUCUAACCUGAAAGAAACAGUCACCCUUAAAGGAACCCACACUCAAGACAUAGGUUACAGACACAUCAGGUCUUUAAAAUCUGCCAGUCUGGAUAGUGUAGAAGAGACUGCUUAUACUCACAAGUCAAAUAAGAAAAACUUCUCCAAAAAUCCCAAGGGACGAAAAUACAAGAAAAUCUGUGCAGGGAAGAACAUUUUUAAAUGUAAUGAAUGCGAGAAAACCUUCACCCACAGCUCAUCUGUUACUGUUCAUCAGAGAAUUCACACGGGCGAAAAACCAUAUAAAUGCGAAGUCUGUGGGAAGGCCUUCAAGCAGAGCCACCACCUCGCUCAGCAUCACACAACACACACUCACGAGAAACUCUUUGAGUGUAAGGAAUGUAAGAAAGCCUUCAGCCAGAAUUCAUACCUGAUAGUACACAGAAGAAUUCACACUGGAGAAAAACCGUAUAAAUGUACGGAGUGUACAAAAUCCUUCAGGCAGCCUGCCCACCUGGCUCAGCAUCAGAGGAUUCACACUGGGGAGAAACCGUAUACGUGUACGGAAUGUGGGAAGGCCUUCAGGGACAGUUCGACCUUUGCUCAACACCAGAGGUGUCAUAAUGACAAGCAGCCCUUUCAGUGUGCUGAGUGCGGUCAAGUCUUCAGGUACAGCAUGUCUCUCACUCGCCACUUUAGGCAUUAUCAUACCGGAGAGAAGCCAUUUGACCGCACUGACUGUGGGAAGGUCUUCAAUGUUCACAUAGGACUAACUCUGCACAGGAGAAUUCAUACCGGAGAGAAACCAUACACAUGUAACGUGUGUGGAAAAGCAUUCCGCAGCGGGUCAUCCCUGGCUGUACACCACAGGAUUCACACAGGCCAGAGACCCUUCAAGUGUGAGAUCUGUGGAAAAACCUUUGGCCACAGCAUGUCACUCAUUGGCCAUCAAAGAGUCCAUUCUGGAGAGAAACCUUUUAAAUGCAAGGAGUGUGGGAAAGCUUUUCGGCAGAGUAUACACCUGAUUGUUCACUCAAGAAUUCAUACUGGAGAAAAGCCCUAUGAAUGUAAGGAGUGUGGGAAGGCCUUCAGAGAGAGUUCCCAGCUGACCAGUCAUCAGAGAAACCACACAGGAGAAAAAGCUUUUGAAUGUAAGCAGUGUGGUAAAUCUUUCAAAAGAAGUUCCUAUCUUACCAGACAUCAGAAAAUCCAUACAGAAGAGAAACCUUUUGAGUGUAACGAAUGUGGCAAAACCUUUACGCAUACUGCCUACCUUAGAAGACAUAAGAGGGUUCACACUGGAGAGAAGCCCUACAAAUGCACCGAGUGCGGAAAAGCAUUUGGCGAUGGCUCCUCCCGUGCUCAGCACCUGAGGCUUCACACUGGCCAGAGGCCGUAUGCAUGUAAGGAAUGUGGAAGUACAUUCAAAACGAAGUCAUCCCUUAAUUACCACCAAAGGCGUCACACUGGGGAAAAACCGUAACACUGUGUCCCCAUGGCAGUCCCUUAGCCACCUACGAACCUGUAGCAUUCAUCAGAGAAUUUAGCUUUCAACCACAUUGUUCACUGUGCUCUACGCGGAAGAUUUCACACAAGUAAAAGAGCCCUUAGGAAUGUGAGGGGUGGGGAGAAGUCUUCAGCGGACGUUCUUAAACCAUCCAUCAUUGGUGAGUCCUCGACGCGGUCAUCUCGGGCGUCCAUCUAUGUCCCCAAGUCCUGUGCAAUAUACCUGCUAAAUAUUUCCAUUUAGUUUUGUUCCCAUUAGCCUCCUGAUCCAAAACACAGUUGUCUUGCUUGCACUCCUUCAGAUGUCUGUGAUUCAUCUUGUUUCCUUCAAGUUUAUUAAUCAUUCAUUUUACAGUCAGAAAAACCCUUUUAAAAAAUAUGUUAUUGAUGUAACCUUUCUAAUACUCAUUAUAAAAUUAUUUUAUAAUUUUUAUUUUAUUUCUUUAAUGCAUGUGAAAUGCUUAGCAACAUGAUUGGCUGUAUUAAGUUUGGAUGGAGAACAUCUCUUCAGUGAUUAGGAGACACGUCAGCACAGAACACAGAGGCCACACAGAGGCAAAGGGACAGGAGGGGGUAUCCCUGAGCCGCUGCUUUGUUGGGUCCAGGGUUACAGAUUUCCUUUGUUGAGUCACAACAAGCAGGUAUGAGCUCUGGGAGGUCAUCUCGUGCGGAGAGUGACCAUUGUGACAUACGUGCCCAGGCCAUCUCCAGCAGGCCGUUUAAAGGAGGUGGUGAGAGCAGGGGGACCAGUGUGACAGAGGGCUUCUAAGUUCUUAUUCUUGGCACCAGCUCGAGCCAUUUGUAUGACACUAGGAAGUGUCCAGGAAGACUGACCUACACUUCCAACCUGGGAAAGUUAAAACUUUAAUGAAAGAGAUAUUAAGAGGACAUAAAAUGAUAGGACUUCAGUACACUGACCCAUAGGGAGUACUUAGAAAAUGUGUUAGAUCAGAAAUAUUAUUUCUAAACUAUGGCCUCUGGGACUUGGAAUGUGGCUUAGGUGAUGAUAACAAUUUAGAAACUGAGAGUGUCUUGAGGUGGAUGACAAUUAGCAUGUGUAGUGUGUUUAAGAUGGAAACGUUCUAAUGAUCCUAAAGUUAUGUUUCCAUAUUGGUAAAGAAAUUAAAUAUGGUCUGGUAUGUAUAACCUGUUUUAGAAAGUGCUUAGAAGUUAAGGACUGGAACAAAAAAAUUAGAGUUUAUUUGGGAAAAUAAAUUAUAUAUGCAGGUGUAUAUGCAGUCUGGUCCAAAAAAAGAAAAAUUCUUAUAUUUAUUAACAACCCCUGGCAGACCAGUCUGCUGAAAUAGUGAGGCCCAGGAUCACCGUGAGAUCACCUCACAAUACAAGGUAGAGCGUGACAGACUCUCAGUCCUGACUUCUGCUCUCCACACACGCACACACAGGCCACCAAACCUACAAAUGCGCACAUACAAAUAAAAAUUUAAAAGGCUGCUUGUGGCUGGGUUUGGUGGCACACACAUCUCAUUCCAGCACUCUGGAGGUAGAGACAGGAGGGUCUCUGAGUUAGAGAUCAGCCUGGUUCACAGAGUCCCAGGGCAGUUAGGGCUACACAGUGAGACCCUGAAUAAAACCACACUGAAAGAUUACAUGCAGGAUGAAUACACACUGCAGAAACAGGACAAUAGGGGAUCCAAAGUUCCAUUCUAGCUGCUCCAAAGGACUAUGGGUAAUUUUUGAAAAGCCCAUCUCACGGUAGAUUCUGUUGGACGGUGUGCCUACCUUUCCUUGUUUACCCUAAGUUCAUUCUCUUUCCCCCGUACAUAAUCUAUUACAGUUUAAGUCUGCAAAUUAUUUUUUCCAGAGGCUUUUGCCAACUGGUUUCUAUAAUGGUAACUCACGGGAGACAGCAACCAAGACUAGAAGCUGAGAGUCGGGGAGCAACCAGGGUGUGUGCUCCACCUGUUCCUGCUUCGGGUCCCGUGCAGCUAGUGGUCUCUUGCCAAUUCCUUCACAAGCUCCGCGUUUUUUGUGGCUCCAGCUUCUGUCUGUCAGGGCCGUCGGGAAGUUAGCUCCUGUGGAGGGCACGGGCUCUUGGAUGGAGGUAAUGGUUCCGGAAGGUUCUAAGUCAGCAGUUCUCAACCUGUGGGUUGUGACCCCUUCCUUUGGCUGUUGAAAGAUCUUUUCACAGGGGUCACAUAUCAGAUAUCCUGCGAAUCAGAUACUUACAUUCAUAACAGGAGCAAAAUGACGUUUAUGAAGUAGCAGCAUACCAUGAGGAACCACAUAUGGGGACUGUGGUAAAGAGUUGCAGAUUGGGGAAUGUUGAGAACUACAGUUCUAAGUCUCUAGAGCUGACUGUGAUUUUUGUUUAGCUUGUUAACCAUGGUAAAUUACCUAAGAUGAUUUUUGAAUGUCGAACUAGUCUUGCAUUCCUGAAUGAACCCCAGGUGGUCUCUUAGUGGCAGAAUUGAGUAUCGUUAAUCUGAAUGUUUAGAAUCUAAAAUGCUCCAAAGUCUGAAACUUUCUGAAUGCUUAUAUGAGAUCACAUGUGGUACAUUCUACUCCCAGGUAAUAGAUUGUAAUAAAAAUAAGAAAACUAAAAAUCUGUUAUCAAAUUGCCAGGACAAAUGGCUCAGUGGUUUUUGCAGAGGGCUUGGGCUGGGGCCCCACCCAGAUUCACCCACAUAGCAGCUCUGUAACCACCUUCCAGGGGAUGCUCUGGCCUCCACAAGAACUGUAGGCAUGCAGUGCACACAAUACACAAGACAAAACACUCACACACAUAAAAUAAAAACAUCUUUCAGGUGCUGGAGAGAUGGCUCAGACGUUAGGAGCAGUGUGCGCUUCCCGAGAGAGAUGUUGAGUUCAAUUCUCAGCAGCAGUACUGGGGCUCACAACCAUGUGGGAUCUGGUGCCCUCUUCUGGCAUGCGGAUGUACUUGCAGAUAGAACACUCAAUUACAUAAAAUAAGCAAACCAGCCUUUAAAAAAAUCUUUCGGGUGAUAUUGUUUUUGCUUAAAUUUUUUUAGUAUUAAAUUUCCUUCAGGCUAUAGGAGGUGUCUGUGAAUGAAACAUAAAUGGUUUUUAUAUUUA